UGAACCCGCGGCCGGGGGCAGAGAAGCACCGCGAGGACAGAGGGUCUAGGGAACGUCUGCAAAUCGCGGAGGGCCAAGGAAGCGUCUAGGGGGGACUGCCGGAACCGGAAAAGCUCUGAGAGAACAACGCGUGUAUUAGGGAGCAUCUGCAAAGACCGCAGCGGAAAGCCAGGGAUUGUCUUAAGAAGUUGCCAGAGUGGUUAAAGGGAGGUCUAAAAGGGGCAGUCCCAAGAACAAGGCUUCUAAAACCUAAGCCCGGAAGGAAUGUGUGGAAGCCUACUGGGACGCCUGGCACCCCUGAAGAUAGGACCGACUGGCGCUGCAGCCGACGACAGGAGAACGGCUCCAGCUGGACGGAGGAAACAGUGGGGAGAAAGGGGGAGGUGGGGCCUUGGGCACUGUCUGAAAAGUGCAAUGCCAAAUGAUCUUUAGGGACAGACAGUAAAUUGUAUCCCUUGCUAAAAUACCUCUCGGUAGUGAACCACCAAUUAUUUUUUUUUAAGCCCUGCCUUUCAGCCAUUACGUCUAGUUCGGCGGUCUCUGAUCCAAAAAGCUGCCAGUUCCCACUUACUCCUCCCCAACAAGGGCGAAAGGCCCGCCUCCGGUGCGGACUUUCUCCUACCCUCAGGCCUCUGGCUCAUUCUCCCGCCUAUCUAUCAAUCACCGCGCUCGGCUGUUCAGUUGGCUGGCCAAGGGGGCGGGACCGUCGUGUGACGUUUGCAGCCCGCCGGCCAGGAAGCCGCGAGAUGUGUGACGAGGUAGGCGCAUGACGGAGGAGCGGUUGGCCAACGCAGCGGCAGCAGUCGGUGUAAACAAGGCCUCGCGCCGCUGCCGGUCCUGCGACCGCUCCUGGCUGGGGCUUCGAUUGGUCUGUCAGAGAGGUUACCUGGGAAUCCAACACCGCCCAACAACCCUCCCGCUCCCCAGUUCUGGGACUUUAAUAGGAGGUGACAGGAGGAGCCCCCGCACAGGACCUAAGAAUGCUGUGACCAGAAGAUGGGAUCACGGAACAGCAGCAGUGCGGGAUCCGGGUCCGGAGACCCCUCCGAGGGUUUGUCCCGAAGAGGGGCUGGCCUGCGUCGGAGUGAGGAAGAGGAAGAAGAGGAUGAAGAUGUGGAUCUGGCCCAGAGGCCAAGUGAGGUUGGUGCAGGGAGGAGGUGCAGCAAAUUUACAAUUCAUUCAGGCCCUCUUGGACUCAGAGGAAGAGAAUGACAGAGCUUGGGAUGGUCGUCUUGGGGACCGAUACAACCCACCUGUGGAUGCCACCCCUGACACCCGGGAGCUGGAAUGCAAUGAGAUCAAGACACAAGUGGAAUUGGCCACAGGGCAGCUCGGGCUUAGGCGGGCAGCCCAGGAACACAGCUUCCCUCGAAUGUUGCACCAGAGAGAACGGGGCCUCUGCCACCAGGGAAGCUUCUCCCUUGGAGAACAGUCUCGAGUGAUAUCUCACUUCUUGCCCAAUGAUCUGGGCUUCACUGAUAGCUACUCUCAGAAGGCUUUCUGUGGCAUCUACAGCAAAGAUGGUCAAAUAUUCAUGUCUGCUUGCCAAGACCAGACAAUCCGACUGUAUGACUGCCGGUAUGGCCGUUUCCAUAAAUUCAAGAGCAUCAAGGCCCGCGAUGUAGGCUGGAGCAUCUUGGAUGUGGCCUUUACCCCUGAUGGGAACCACUUCCUCUACUCCAGCUGGUCUGAUUACAUUCAUAUCUGCAAUAUCUAUGGUGAGGGAGAUACACACACUGCGCUGGAUCUCAGGCCAGAUGAGCGUCGCUUUGCUGUCUUCUCCAUUGCUGUCUCCUCAGAUGGACGAGAAGUACUAGGAGGGGCCAAUGAUGGCUGCCUGUAUGUCUUUGACCGAGAGCAGAACCGGCGCACCCUUCAGAUUGAGUCCCAUGAGGAUGAUGUGAAUGCAGUGGCCUUUGCUGAUAUAAGCUCACAAAUCCUGUUCUCUGGGGGUGAUGAUGCCAUCUGCAAAGUGUGGGAUCGACGCACCAUGCGAGAGGAUGACCCCAAGCCUGUGGGUGCACUCGCUGGACACCAGGAUGGCAUCACCUUCAUUGACAGCAAGGGUGAUGCCCGAUAUCUCAUCUCCAACUCCAAAGACCAGACCAUCAAGCUCUGGGAUAUCCGACGCUUUUCCACACGGGAAGGCAUGGAAGCCUCACGCCAGGCUGCCACACAGCAAAACUGGGACUAUCGCUGGCAGCAAGUGCCCAAAAAAGCCUGGCGGAAGUUGAAGCUCCCGGGAGACAGCUCCUUGAUGACCUACCGGGGCCACGGAGUGUUGCACACCCUCAUCCGCUGCCGGUUCUCCCCUACUCAUAGCACCGGCCAGCAGUUCAUCUACAGUGGCUGCUCCACCGGCAAAGUGGUUGUGUACGACCUUCUCAGUGGCCACAUUGUGAAGAAGCUGACCAACCACAAGGCCUGUGUGCGUGACGUCAGUUGGCACCCCUUUGAAGAAAAGAUUGUCAGCAGUUCGUGGGACGGGAACCUGCGUCUGUGGCAGUACCGCCAGGCUGAGUACUUCCGGGAUGACAUGCCAGAGUCUGAGGAAUGUGCCAGCGCCCCUGCCCCAGUGCCCCACUCCUCUACAGCCUUUUCCUCACCCCAGUAGAUCUGACCUCCAGCCCCAUAUAGGGUGAACCUCUUGAUAAGCUCUCUGCCUCCUCCUCCCUUUCUCCCUUGUGGGGAAUGUUUGGAGGAAUCACUGGCAUUGGAUGGGAAGAAACAGAAGCCCAGGCUCUGAGCCUCAGCUGAGCCCUAGAAGAUCCUCCCCAUGGAGCAGAGUGGUCUCCUCACAUGCUCACACCCAGUCAGAUUGAGUCCCUAUCUCUGGCCAGAGUUUGGCAGGAGUGCCAUUAUCUGGGGUGUGGUCUCUGCUAGCAAGAGAAGUGUCCUGAGUGUUUUUUAUCAUGUUUGAAUGUUAGAGGUUGGCUCCUAGAGUAGACGCCUGAGGCCACAUCUGAACAGACCUGUCAGCCAGGCCUGUUGCCUGAAUCAUGUUGAGGAUUCAACUGGCCAAUCAUAGGGCAGGUGUCCUGGCCUUUAUUCCUGAGGUCUCUAGGGGAGGAGCAUGGGUAAGGGUGUUUCCUCCGCACCUUCCUGGGGUAGGGAUUAUGACUGCUUUCGUGUCUGGGUCUUUGGGGUAGGACAGGCUGUGGUAUGAGAGGCGGGAGUCUCCAAAAGGCUCCUUGUGGCCCCUCAUAGGGCAGGCCCUGCCCUCUGAGAAGGUCCCAUCAUGCUGGAGGCACGCAGCUUUAAGGAAGUAGGUUGAAGUAGGACUCUUUCGUCCUCUCACCGGCUUUGGCUCCCUCAAUAAACUCUGUGUGGGAACCUG